AGGGAGGUGAGCGGAGCGGAGCCGGGAGGCGAGGAGGGGGAACCGCGAGGAGGCCCCACCCCCGCCUCUCGGAGCCGGCUCUUCGCCGCCUCCGAACCCGUUCACUUUGCCUCUCGCCUCUGGACGGCGGCGGGGCGGUUGCCAGAGCCGGGCCAGAGGGAGCACCGGGGACCCGGAGCCAUCCCGCAUCGGCGCGUCCUCUCGGCGCCCGCACCCCUCAGGAGGGACAGCGCCGCCGCCUUGAAAGGGCACCCCGGCCUCGGAGGGGACAUCCCCAGGGCGCAGGAGGCGGCGGCGCUGACAGCCUCGUUCUCGGCCAGUGGGGCGCAGCGCUGGAGCGGGAGGGGACUCCCUGGCCACCUGCAGGUACCACAGCGCGGAGGGAGCGUUGCUACCAGCGACGGUGGGCUGCCCAGGAGGCUAGAGCCGAGGGGCCCCCGAGCCAGCGAAGGGCAGCAGCGGAGCCCCGAGGGGGAGCCGGCAGGACAGCCCGCGGGCCCCGACGGCGCGCUCCCCCGUCGGCCAACGGCAGGCAGACCCCGGGGGGCGGCGGCGGCGCCCUCGGGCCUCGGGGCCUCGUGGCGGCCAGCCAUGACCUUCGGGCGCAGCGGGGCGGCCUCGGUGGUGCUGAACGUGGGCGGCGCCCGGUACUCGCUGUCCCGGGAGCUGCUGAAGGACUUCCCGCUGCGCCGCGUGAGCCGGCUGCACGGCUGCCGCUCGGAGCGCGACGUGCUCGAGGUGUGCGACGACUACGACCGCGAGCGCAACGAGUACUUCUUCGACCGGCACUCGGAGGCCUUCGGCUUCAUCCUGCUCUACGUGCGCGGCCAUGGCAAGCUGCGCUUCGCGCCGCGGAUGUGCGAGCUCUCCUUCUACAACGAGAUGAUCUACUGGGGCCUGGAGGGCGCGCAUCUCGAGUACUGCUGCCAGCGCCGCCUCGACGACCGCAUGUCCGACACUUACACCUUCUACUCAGCCGACGAGCCGGGCGCGCUGGGCCGCGACGACGCGCGACCCGGCGGUGCCGAGGCGGCCCCCUCCAGGCGCUGGCUGGAGCGCAUGCGGCGGACCUUCGAGGAGCCCACGUCGUCGCUGGCCGCGCAGAUCCUGGCCAGCGUGUCGGUGGUGUUCGUGAUCGUGUCUAUGGUGGUGCUGUGCGCCAGCACGCUGCCCGACUGGCGCGCCGCGGCAGCCGACAACCGCAGCCUGGAUGACCGGAGCAGGUACUCCGCCGGCCCUGGGAGGGAGCCCUCCGGGAUAAUUGAAGCUAUCUGCAUAGGUUGGUUCACUGCAGAGUGCAUCGUGAGGUUCAUCGUCUCCAAAAACAAGUGUGAGUUUGUCAAGAGACCCCUGAACAUCAUUGAUUUACUGGCAAUCACGCCUUAUUACAUCUCCGUGUUAAUGACAGUGUUUACAGGCGAGAACUCUCAACUCCAGAGGGCUGGAGUCACCUUGAGGGUGCUUAGAAUGAUGAGGAUUUUUUGGGUGAUUAAGCUUGCCCGUCACUUCAUUGGUCUUCAGACACUUGGUUUGACUCUCAAACGUUGUUACCGAGAGAUGGUUAUGUUACUUGUCUUCAUUUGUGUUGCCAUGGCAAUCUUUAGUGCACUUUCUCAGCUUCUUGAACAUGGGUUGGACCUGGAAACAUCCAACAAGGACUUCGCCAGCAUCCCUGCUGCCUGCUGGUGGGUGAUUAUCUCUAUGACUACAGUUGGCUAUGGAGAUAUGUAUCCUAUCACAGUGCCUGGAAGAAUUCUUGGAGGAGUGUGUGUUGUCAGUGGAAUUGUUCUAUUGGCAUUACCUAUCACUUUCAUCUACCAUAGCUUUGUGCAGUGUUAUCAUGAGCUCAAGUUUAGAUCAGCUAGAUAUAGCAGGAGCCUCUCUGCCGAGUUCCUAAAUUAAUGCAUUGCAAAUCAAUUCUUGUAUACACUUUGUUUGAUAGAAAGAGUUGAUGCUACUUCAUAUUCAUGCAUUUCUUGCUGGGUGAGCAGUGCAGUGGUACUGUUAUCAUCUUGGUAGGGUAAAAAUUAUCCUUCCCAGCUGAAGGGAUGAAACAAUUUACUUCUUACGGAGUAAAUAGGGUUGAGACUGCAAAGGAAAAGUAAUGACUCCUAGAGUAAAUUUUAAGAUCUUCUUUUAUUUGGGCUUGUCUCCUCCUUGCCUUGAACAAUGAUAC